GUGGUGUGGCGAUCCUUCGAGGCUCAGAUUGGAAGCCCGGGCACUGACUUGAGAUUGUUAGCGGCCUUGCCCAAGAUCGCAGUCAUCACUGGGUGCGGAGGCGCCAUGAGCCCUGAUGGGCCCCUGAAUCCAAUACAGGCUACUCAGGUAAGCGGGUCGGUUAAGGAGAGAGUCUUGAAGAUGAACUCCCUAAUUGACCAGCAAGAUGAAUCAGAGGUGUACACACCAAUGGGAGACGGCACCUACCUGCAACGAGAUUUCCAAAUCCAAGCAGCUACACUGCUUGGAAAGCUUCGUGGAACGUCUUCAAAGCCGAUCAAAGCGGCGUGCUUGAUGUUGAACAUCUGCUCGAUUGCAUCUUUGGAGGCAUAUGCCAAGCAGGUGGAGAAGUUGACAACACAAUGGCCACGCUGUUGGGGAUUGAUUUACCUCGCUGACGAUUCUGGUCGAGCUGAACGAUUGGAAAAGAUUCGCAGAAAGCUCACCAUCGAGUCUGCCCAGAACAGACAGGUGCCUCGGGAAUGGGACCCCAACUGCCCUUGGUCUUGUGUGUUUGUGCAAUUGGCCAUGGACACUGACUUUUGUGCGGAGAGGAUUCAUCACCCUGCUGCAGCAUGGACGGCGUCGGGAGGCAAAGGAGCACCUUGCGUUGCCGCUGAAGCCGCUGUGUUUGACGCCACACAGGGAGGCCAAAGAGCUCUUGGGCUCGAACAGGAGCUGAGUCAAACAUCAGACAGGAGGAAAACUCAGGCGAACAGAGAUCGCCGUCAAGCAAAGAAGAGGCGCCUGGCUUCAGAUCGAUCGGAACUGGCCCGACACAGGGCGGCAACCCCGUCUUCAGGUAAAGGAGCUGGAGGUGCAAAGGGGAAGGCCAAGGGGAAAUCAAAAGACCAGUCAGGUCUUGAAUUGUGCUAUAGCUGGGCGUCCGGAAAAAGACAUUGCGCAGAUGUGGCCCCCGGAGGGGAAUGCAAAGGUCUGGAUGAACCGCUGGACGAGCAAAACAGGACAGUCACCGGCAGAAACACUCUUGGAGAAUCUGACAACAGUAUGCCCGCAUUGUUUUGGCUUAGCACCUUCCCCUUCUGCCAACGUAGAGGGACUUGGGAGGUGACUUUCAUGGAGUCCUUGCCUGACUUUGAAGGUGAUGACCCUGACCAGGCUGAACCCGUGAAGGCUGAAGCAGCAGGUCAGGCUCGGACAAAGGCGGAGUCAUGCGAUAAAGCUGCACCUGGCUGUCCAAAGGAAGUCAAAAGGGAAGUUGAGACAGCCGGCAACGAGGCGACUGACGUGCAAGGAACCGCAACCCAGAGAAUUACGACAGAUCCUGAGGCAGCUGGUCCAUGGGUGCCUGAACGGGUGAAGGCAGCUUUAGAAGCAAGCAGCUCUUUCGAUCAGUUUAGAAAAAGCAGGCCCUUCAGGUAUCUUCACAUGUUUUCUGGCGAGGAGGACCAGCUGGCAAAGUCGCUCAAGGUUCCCUUGAUCCUCAUUUUCGAGGGUGGGAUGGCGAGACGGCGAGACUCGCCGAGGGGUGCAUUGCCAGUGCGGUCAGCCGCACACAUAUACGGCCUACCUUGCAACACCCCGGCACAGCAGAAAGAAGCAGAUGAUGGAACCUUGAUGGCCAUGCGCUCAGGCUGGCUGCGCGAGAAGCAGGCUGUCAUCGCAGACACAGGAUCUUCUACGGUGGAGUCCAACACGUGCGCAUAUCAGACAAAGCAGAAACGGAGGUGGUACAAACCGGCGAGGUGGACGGGGAAAUUGGAGUCUAUGGCAUCGUUGGCAAAGGUCUGCAAGUGUCAACCUUGGGUGCAGCACGUGCCAGUGAUUGGAAAGGGCAAUACAGAAGCAGCAGGAGCAUACCCCCCUGACCUCACUGACGCCAUCGCCAAGAAGAUUGUCGAGGCAUGGAAGCGCAUCCUGAACUUGGAGUGGCUCCGCUGUCAACUUCAGCAGAAGUUUGACAAGGUCAACAAGCUACAGGAGAGGUGGCUUGAGAAUGAAGAGGAGCGGAGGAAGCGUGUCUAUGUGGAGGAGGAGCCGUCCAACACAAGGCCCCUCACAGGAGAGGUGAAGUCACCGAGGUUGGAGACAAAAGCCACCGAGAGCCACGACAUGGAAGAAGAUAACCUCCCUUCAUCCUCCACGAGGGCAUCAAAGAGACAGCGUAGGGAGGAGAUGAAUGACUUUGCCAUGGGUGGCAUGCGCAACCCAGCAGCUGCUGUGUCGAGACUACAUCAGGUGCGACAGGUUGGAGAAAUGAUUCAUGCUGCGUGGAUGGACUUUGUGGUGUCACAGCAUCCAGAAGCCCUAUCGGUGGCCAUAAACUAUGGAUCAAGUGAGGCAAAGUUCAACGAGGACGUCUUGGCAAGAUGGACGGAGAGGCUACAAACCAGCCUUUUGGAAAUGGAGACCCAGGAUGGCAUCACCCUCAGGGAAGAGAUGGAGUUCAAGUCACCCUUGCACAGCAGCCUCUGGGAUGCCUGGAGGAUCAAAGCCAGAGGCACUGGAGUCCAAGACGGAUUUGAUCGAGCUGAUGGGCAUGAAGAACUAUGGCAGAUGGUCAUGCCUCUAGAAGUGUUGCACGAGCGCUUCAAGAAGGGCACGGCAUCCAAGCUGGCGUUGAUCAUCAAACAAAAGCCAGAUGGAUCAACAAAGCGGAGGAUAGUGAUCGACAUGAGGCGCUCGUUGGGGAAUGCACGAGCGAGAGUGAGUGAAAGAAUCGUACUACCGAGGGCACAGGACAAAGUGAAGAGUUUGCGAGUCAUGAGAGCCCGAGAACAAGAAUUGAAGGAGAAGAAGCACAUGUCGAUCCUCAAGGGCAGCAGGGCGUACGAACAAGCCGAGGUAGAGUUCAUCCUGAUUGACUUGCAGGAUGCGUUCUGCCACUUCGGCGUUCAUCCUGAUGAAUUACGUCAUUGCAUCAGCCCCGGACUCGAAAGUGGCACGGGCAUCCUAUGGGUGGCAAUGCUGGGAAGACUGAGUGCCGCCAUUGGACGCUUGGUGCAGUCCUUGUUCCACCCAGCGUCAGGCCAAGUCCAGGUCUACGUAGACGAUGUGGCACUCAUGAUCCGUGGGGCCCCUGAACAACGCAACCUCCGGAUGGCAAAGGUGCUGUAUGUUCUGGCGGCCUUUGGAGUCCAGGUGGCCCUUCCAAAAGGUGGACGGUGGCGUCGAUGUAUAGUACUCCAAGAGGAGGAGAAGGAAGAAGAGCGGGCAAAGCAUCGAGCUGGUGACAAACGCCCCAAGCAUGGGCUCUUUGCGGUGAAACGCCUGGGCACAGCAUUGCCCUUGGCCGAAAGCGGAUUUCGAGACACCGGAGACCAUGCUGAUCAGAAGAGAGUGGGCUCGCAGUGGCACAUCGUGGAAGACUUCGACGCACCGCUGCAACCACAUCAGGCGGCAGCACUGGAAAUCGAAUUCAACAAGCCGUCGGGGCAAGCGGUGCUGGAAUGGUUGGUCAUUCUCCGAGCCUUUCAGAUCUGGAGCACGAAGCUUCAACAGGGACCAGUGCUCAUCAGGUCAGACAGCGCAUUUGCGCUUGCUAUGGCAAAGCAGUUGAAGUCGCCCACCAAGACGCUCAACUACCUCGCGGCAGAACUCUCCCUGCUGCUUGAGAGGGCACAGAUCCCUCGACUGGUGGCACAACACGCGCACAACAGCAUUCUCCGAGAGAAGCAGGGUGAUGGCGUCGCCAUCAUCCUUCCACCGGCUAGCCCCAGCCUUGUGCCAUCAGAGCACAACCUGGCGUCCAAUCUGGGGGCAUGGAUCUUCCUGGCACUGGUCUUCAUGUGCGGAAUGUUAUUUCAAGCAUGUGUGCCGCGGCUUUGCCACCUGGAAUGGGUAUGGGGCGGCAAGGCAUGGGACGCCUACGAGUACCGAGCGAGAGCCCCCAGCCUGGCUCAGUUUGACCGAGAUAAGAGCUCCAGGGGCAGCUUUGCCAGCCUCACCACCUCACCGACCGGUCUCAUCUCUGUGGGGCCCAGGAAUGUCAAGAAGACAGACUACGAGUUCCCACAAGUAUUGUCGAGGAGGAAGCGACACCAGGCCAACGAUGGGGGCAAUGAUCGCAGCAGCAAGUCCGCAAAGGUGAACCACUUGCCAGAGAAGAACAGCGAGACAAAGGUCCCCCUGAAGGCAGCAGGAGAAUGGCGCGGACAAGGUGUGGCUCAAGAAGGAGACCAUUUCCCGCUGACGGUGGAGAGUGUGACUAGCUUGGCGGCGGUACUGGACUCCACGGGCAUGAAGGCGGCGCAGGUCACUGUAAGUGAUGUGACAGUGAAGCCUGAUGACAAAACAGUCAGGCUGUAUGUCAAGAAGUCCAAGACAGACCAGAAGGCUCAAGGCACAUGGAGGACGCUGGGGUGCUGCUCCAUGCCAACGUGCGUAAGAGACUGCGCCUACAACUUGGCUUUCUUGGCGUUCAAGGACGUGGAGGGCAAACCACCCAGUACCCCUCUCUUCCCAGAUGUGGAGGGGAACCUUGCGACAAAGUGGCACAUGGUGACGGCGUGGUCCAACCACUUGGACGAAAGAGCCACAGGCCAUUCGGCGCGGCGUUCUGGCGCCAUGGCGUACGCAAGGUACGUCGAGGAGGCAAUGGCUGAGGUGCCAAUGAACUCCCACGUGCCGAGGACACCAGGCACAGGAGCACAUGGCGCUGGACAAGAGACAGAAUUCCUCAAACGCAAGUCCCUCAGACCAAAACAGAAGGCAUCCCCAAAGAAAACGGCAGAGGGGGAACAGCCGGUGCCUAUCCAAGAAAGCGAAAAUGACAAGGAGAAGGUCUACGCCUUGUCAAAUGCAAGAGGCAAAUGGACAAAGCACUUGGUGGGGCAAGCAGCUUGGGGCGCAUUCCGCUUGACAACUGGGCCACCAUAUGUGGGUGGAACUUUGCGAAGAAGAAUGUCAAGGUGGAACUCACCCAACGCCCCACGAGAGCUGCAGUGCCUUGCAAGAAGUGCUACAAGCUCAUGGAAGAGCACGACGGAGUCAAAGGAGCCAGAGAAUGGGCGCCAGAUAUGA